UGGUGAUGCAGAGUGAGAAGGAGAUGACGAUAGUUUUUUGGUUUCGUUAUUCUGGGAGGAGGGUGUUGUGGUGUGCUGUGUGUCCUCGUGAUCCGUGCACAGUCUACGUGAUAUCCAAAGCAGCAGAAGACUCUGUUAAAAUAAGACUUCAGCAAAACAACAACAACAGGAAGAGCAGAAGCAACAACAAUAAAUACCCACUUCCCAUCUCUUUCUGUUAACUAAUGAAGCCCUCUCUCUCUCUUCCUCUUUCUCUCUCUUUUCUUGCUCAGUUCGCAUCAAUCAUUCACUCAUAGUAUUUAUUGCAACCCACAUUCGCUUCGUUCCUUUUCCCUAAAAGAAGAGCAAGAGAUUUCUCGUAUUGGUUUAUCACAGUGGAGAAAUUGGUUAGAAAGGGCUGCUGCUCAGACACAAAUCAUCAAGGAAUUCAAAGUUUCAACAAAAAUCAUGUAUUGCAAAGGCCUCUGAGUACACAAGGAACUGUCUAUGCCGUCCAAGAAUAUGGCUUUGGAUAUAAUGGGGAAAUUUUUGUGACCAGAAUGGAUCCUCAGGCUUUUAUUAGGCUGUCAAUAAGCUCACUGGGAUUGAGGAUUCCCGGAACAGCGUUGAAGUCUGAAAAAUCUGGGAUUCAUGCAUUCUCUUCUCCAUAUUCGUGUGAAAUUCGUCUCCGAGGAUUCCCUAUGCAGACAGCGUCAGUCCCCUUAGUAUCCUCUUCUGAAGCUACACUUGAUUCUCAUACCAUUGCCUCAAGUUUUUACCUUGAAGAAUCAGAUAUUAAAGCGUUGCUGGAACCUGGGUGUUUCUACAGUCCUCAUGCCUUUCUGGAGAUUGCUAUUUUCACAGGGAAGAAGGGGUCCCACUGUGGUGUAGGGGUCAAAAGGCAGCAAAUUGGGACAUAUAAACUGGAGGUUGGUCCUGAAUGGGGGGAAGGAAAGCCAGUGGUUCUCUUUAGUGGGUGGAUAGGUAUUGGAAAAAACAAGCAGGAGGGUGGAAAAUUGAGCGCCGAGCUUCAUUUGAGAGUAAGAUUAGAUCCUGAUCCAAGAUAUGUAUUCCAGUUUGACGAUGUCACAAAACUGAGUCCUCAGGUUGUGCAGCUUCAAGGCUCCAUUAAGCAGCCUAUUUUCAGUUGCAAGUUCAUCCGAGACAGGGUUCCCCAUGCUGAUCCAUUGAGCACUUACUGGUCAGGUUCUGCUAACAAUCCUGAUCUCGAAUCAGAGAGAAGAGAGAGAAAGGGAUGGAAGGUGACCAUACAUGAUCUAUCUGGCUCGGCUGUUGCAGCAGCCUUUAUAACAACUCCAUUUGUUCCAUCAACAGGUUGUGAUUGGGUUGCAAGGUCCAACCCAGGAGCUUGGAUGAUUGUUAGUCCUGAUCCUUGCAGGCCUGACAGUUGGCAGCCAUGGGGAAAGCUUGAGGCAUGGCGUGAGCGUGGCAUUAGAGACUCCGUUUGCUGCCGAUUUCGCCUUCUUUCUGAAUGCCAGGAGGCAGUGGAGCUCCUCCAGUCUGAAAUCCGCAUCAAUGCUGAAAAGGGUGGGGAGUUUUUCAUAGACACAGACAAACAGAUGCGAGCAGCAGCGGAGGCGGCAGCCGCCAGUCCAAUACCAAGCCCACAAAGUAGUGGAGACUUUGCAGGUUUAGGUCCAGUUGUAGGUGGUUUUGUCAUGAGCUGUAGAGUGCAAGGGGAAGGAAAGAGCAGCAAGCCAUUGGUACAACUAGCCAUGAGGCAUGUUACGUGCGUGGAGGACGCCGCCAUCUUCAUGGCUCUUGCAGCUGCAGUUGAUCUCAGCAUUGAGGCAUGUAGGCCCUUCCGCCGGAAGUUCAGGAAACCAUCCUUCCAUUCUUUAUGAAAAUUAAGAAAAUUCGAGUUAAAGAAUGGAGGUGAUUAGCAUCCAUGCACCCAAAACAGCUAUGUUUUUCUUGAUUGCUGUAACAUCUGGGGUUGUGUACAGGAAACUGUUGUUUACAACUCUCUCAAAACUUUCUAAUGGUAGCAUUAAGCCAAAGUGACGUCAUUAUACAUCGUUUGGAAAGUAGUUUCUCAUGGUGUCAGGAACUUUCUAAUUUUAUAAAUACUAGCAAGUUGAUUAGAGCUUGACUGCC